ACAGGAAUGCACACAUGUCACUCUGAGUCCAAAGGACUGACAACAUUCCAGUCACAACUGAAGUACAUUUGCGUCCCAGAUGGACUCUCCGACCAAAACCGGGAAGGUUUACCUCCAAUCACACAGAACCGACAAAAAAUGGAAGCCUGUGUGCUUGUCUCUGUUCCCCCCCAGUGCAGGGGGGCGACUGGAGAUCCAGGACAUGAGAGGUGCUGGUGCUGAAGCCGAUCAUAUGUCUGUGGUCAGGAGACACUACCAGCCUCAUGUGGACAGGAAGGUGAAGGUGCUGCGACUGUCCGACCUGAUCAGCGUCCUCCGACUCCCCCCGAACGCUGAAGCCUGUCCUAUGGAGAACAUGUCAGCGUUUUGUGUGGAGACCCAGGACAGAACCAUGGUGUUUGCUGCACUAAAGGACGACUGUGUGGAGUGGGUAGAAAAACUGUGUCUACAUACGUUUCAGAAAGGUGUAGCCCCCGGCUCUACUCAGCUUCACAUGGAGGAGAACCAGAUCUAUGCCUCAGUAGAUGAAGCUUCAGAGUUCUGGGUAAUGGUUCAAAAGACUGAGGCAGCGACACGCUGCGGCCUGCAGGGGUCGUACUGGCUGGAGGUGGGGCGAGAGGCGCUGCUACUGAGAGAAACCCAGAAGAACGUUGUUAGAGAGUGGCCGUAUAAACUGCUGAGACGAUAUGGGAACGAUAAGCUGGCCUUAACCAUCGAAGCAGGACGACGCUGUGACUCUGGUCCUGGAACGUUUACCUUUGAGACACAGCAGGCUGAGAAGAUAUUCGCCCUGAUUCAGAGUACCAUCAAACGGAAGACUCUCCCUGUAGGCAACCAAAACCAAGAGGGUCAGAAAGUUAUGGUAACCAACAUACGGGCUCAUUCCCCGCUCCCCAGAGUACCAGAUGUGACUAGUAUUGCUGUGAACCUGGAAAACAAACUGAGGACACAGGACAGUAAAUGUGCUGCUGUAGAAGAGAGUGCACGUGCCCAGGAAGAUUUGGUUGGUCCAUCAGAGAGUGCAAUGGUGCAGCCGGCGCCAAUCACCCUCAUGCCCCUUCCACUGGUGCCCACACAUGGCAGCCGCUCCGGAGGACACCUCGAUGGCCAAUCAGAAGCUGUAUAUGCUGACCCAGCUGAUUACAUCCAACCUGUGCCAAAAGCACAACCGUCCACUGCUCUGUAUGUAGACCCUGCAAUUGUUCUCCCGCUCAAACCCCCCAGCUCCAGAGAAUCUGCCACUCCGUCUCCUAACCUCUCUGCUUCACAUCCCGGCUUCCCCCCCGAUACGCCAGAUUCAGUCUAUGCAGAGGUCUACGACAAAAUCGGUCCGGCUCAGGAUAUACAAGUCGCAAGUGGCGAACCCAUUUAUACUGUGCCCGUGAGCAAGGGGGAGAAGUUGGAUGAAAAAGAAAGCAAAGCAGACCCGUUUUCACACCUUUAUGCUCACGUCUGGAAAACAACCCCAUCAUCCAACACCAAAGCCAUCCCUUCCUGCGCUGCGUCCUCUCCCGCCAUUAUGAGCACGGCUGAAGCCACGGCCACGUCUGUUGAUGAUGUCAUCUACGAAAACCUAGGCACCAUUUAAUUUAGUUGUCUAGUGUAUCGUCAUGCUACAAUGCUUAAACCAAGUCCAUGCAGAGCCUGACAUAUAUUUUUGUACAAUGCCUGUAAAGAAGAAUUAGAGUAAGCACAUCUCCUGUAUGGAUGGGCUUUCUGUUGUAUAUCUGUACACACACUUUUGUUCAUUAGCUCUGAGGAAAACAGGGCUUUGUGACUUGCUAUUCAUUGAUUAAGCAAGUUACCAAAAACAUGAAAUGAGUGAAAUAUAAAAAAUAAUAGUAACUUGUAACAACCACCAUCAUGCUAAGCGUUGCACUCGAUUAGCAUUGCUGGGCUCAUGGUUAGCGGGUGAAAUGAAAAAAAAGAAGAACCAGAGCUAUUGGAAUUCAUGGUCAAUAACCCUCAUUUACAUAGAAUUAUACCUAAUGUUUCAGUUAAAAAAGCAGAAAGUAUGAAUUAUUUUGACUAAUAGUCAGACAGAGGAAUGUACAGAUGUUUGCAAAGAGUCCAGUCUGUUGUUUUGUGGUCAUUUGGUUAUAAAGAAACCCAUAUUUCAGAUUUUUUAAAGGGGUCAAAUUUGACCCGAGGACAACAGGAGGGUUUAUGCCAUAAUGUUGACUAUGUCUGAAAAUGUUACAUGAAUGUAUGAUGGUUUACGUAUGAUGUUCUUCUGCUGUAGGCCUAUAAAUAUCAUAUAGUCCUUUCAGUUGAGAUAUAUGUUUUUUCAUUAAACAGUGUAUAAUUAUGUAUAACUAGUGAAGAUGCUUGUGUAUAUGUAUGUAAAUCUUGUCCUGGCUUAUAUUCUACCAAUUCCGUAACCACUGUGUAUAUCAUGUUUAUAUGAUUUCAUUCAACCCAACCCAAUUUUGCAGUGUGUAAAUAAUGCAAAUACUGUAUUAAUUAAAAAAAAAAU